UCUAGAUGCACGAUUCCUACGUUUCUAUGCAGGUGGCUGGUACCUUAUCUCUGUGCUAAAGGCCCCUGUUCCUUUCGUCAUCCCAGAUUCAGGGCCGGCUGCCCUUGCCACUCUCCCUCUACGUUUGCCUGUUCUAGUACAUGUAAGCGCAGCCAAGAAAUCACAAAGAGCACUAAGUACAUAGAUACAUGAAUGGAUCUACAAGAGCACGGGAAUACCUCCACAUCCAGACCUUAUCAGCAACUUGCAAGACAUUCACCUAACGUCAUACGCCCCUCAUGAGUUACAUCGGGGAUCCAACGGUGCUGGAUGCUCCAGUAAUGAGAAAUCCGUCGACUACUGGGUUAGGAAGGCACUUGUACCAAUGGGAGCUGCACGCAGAGAGCGACCAGGAGUUUUCCGAUACUGUUUUCAGAUUUCGAAGAAGUCUCUCCCGGGGAUUCUUUGCAACUCACACUCCCAGGUCCUGCCAUGGCCCCCUCUACUCCUUUCACGCCGCUCCGAGUCUUCAUCUGCGCAGCCAUCUUCUUCACAGUAACACUGUUCAUUUUCCAUGACAAUGUCCUCAAGACUGUGGUCGACCUACAUAAAGAGAGUUGUGGACAUGUUAAUACAGGGAGCUCCCAUGUCGGCCAUCAAACUUUUCCCUAUGUCUUCACGCCAGAUCCUGAGCUGGGAAGUCUACAGCCUGAAGGCGAUCAAGCAUGGGAUCGUCUGAACACGAAGAAAGGGGGCUUCCUCUGGGUUGAGUACAACGAGACCCUGGAUGUGGCCUAUGGGAUCUCGAUGUUCCACGGUAUCCACUGUCUUCAGAUACUUCGGCAUGCGUUCCAAAGCCAACUGGGCAUCACGAGUAUGAAAGGAGAUCACGGACACCACUCCCGCAUGGAAAGAAAUGAGGGAAUCCAGCAUGAACAUGGUCAAAAAGACCGCGACCUCGGCCAUCUGGGACAUUGUCUGGCGUAUAUUGCAGAGAUGCUUCUCUGCACUGGAGACAGCACCAUAGAGCACCCAGUAACGCGGAUCGAUGAGAGAACGGGCUUCCUCAUCAAUGAUGGCAUCGAUGGCCGCGGGGCUCAGCAUCAAUGUCGAGAUAUAGAUCACCUAUGGGCAGUUGCUCGUUCAACCGAGACGAAGGCCGCAAAUAUGUGGGAUUAUAGACCCGGGGACACGGUAGAGUCGGUCUUUUUCCAGUAA